AUGGGGCAGGCGCAGUCGGGGGGGCCCCAAGAGGGUCUGGCAGCAGAAGAGGCGAGCUUUGUGCUGCGCCUUGCACAGGAGACGCUGCAGGCUGGGGGUCAAGAUGCUGCAGCAACAGCAGCAGCAACAGCAGCAGCAACAGCAGCAGCAACAGCAGCAGCAACAGCAGCAGCAACAGCAGCAGCAACGGCAGCUGCCACGCCAGCAGCAACGCCAGCAGAAACCACCGCGCCUGCAACGGGAGACACAGCAGCAGCAGCAGCACGGCUUCUAGAGACCUCCCUUUUAACUCUGCAAGCAGCAGCACCUGCAGCAGCAGCUGGGGGCGGCGCGGCAGCAGCAGAGGCAGCAGCACAUCCCGGUGCAGCUCCUUCGGGCGAAGCAGCAGCGCCGGCAGCCCCAGCCGCCACAACAGCAGCAGCAGCAGCAGCAGCACCAACUGCAGCGCGAGGAGAAGCCGCAGCCGCAAAUAAGAAGGGUGACCAGGGAGAGGAAAUCCACCGAGAGCUUAUCUGCUGCGUCUGCUGCGACUUGCUGCAGAAGCCCGUUUUGCUGCAGUGCGGUCAUUUGUUUUGCUUCUGGUGCGCGUACCGGUCGAUGAACAUCUACGACAUUUCCUUUUGUCCUUUAUGUCGAUCUGCUUUUUCUUCUUUGCCUCCGGUGUGUCGGCCGGUACACCUGUACGUACACCUCAAGUACCCAGCAGCAGCAGCAAGAAGGGACCAGGAAGUGGCAGAAUUUGAAAAAGAUAAAUCUUUUAAAAGUCCUCCCCACUUUCUGAUAGCCCGGGGCCCCCCAGGUGCUGCCACGGACGCACUGCCCCUCAGCAGCAAAACUUUGCUGCUGCUGCUGCACAGAGAGGCCCCCCAGCUGCUGCCGCUGCACCUCACAGUCGACGUCCGCGUUGCUGCUGCAGCAGCGAAGGCGGACGAGCUCUGGGCGCGCGCGCAGCAGGCGCCCCCCCGCCCCCAGCCGCUCCCAGCAGCAGCAGCAGCAGCAGCAGCAGCAACAGGGGAGGACGAAGAAGUGCCCAGCGACACCGAAGAGGGGCCCCUCAACGUGGGCCCCGUCUGGAGAAGGGGGCCCCCCCCCCCGGCCCUCAGCAGAAACAGAGGAGAUAAUCCUCCGGAAGAAAUGGAAACUGAUGAAGAGUUUUUGCCGGACUUCAGCAGAGACUCCGAGCCCGUGGCUGCGCCCCUGCCGCUGCUGCAGGGGCCCGGCAGCAGGCACCGCCAGCUGCUGCAGCAGGAGCCGCAGCAGCAGCAGCAGCAGGGGCCGCAGCAGCAGCAGCAGCAGCAGGAGCCGCAGCAGCAGCAGCAGCAGCAGGCAGCCCCGGACGCUGCCGUUGACGCGGCUAGGGGCGCCUCCGAAUCGGCGGAAACGGCCAGCGAGAGAGCUGCUGCUGCUGCUGCUGCUGCCGUUGUUGCUGCUGCUGCUGUUCCCGUUCCCCGAGACAGCCGAGAACCCUCAAGCGCUGUGGAUGACCCAGAAGAGGUAUUUCUGCAUGCGUACACUCCGGGCGUAGCUACGCCACACUGUGGGGCCCCCUGCGAGGCCCCCUGUGGGGCCCCACAGGGUCCCUAUGGGAUUCCUCUGGAGGGCGCGCUGCUGCGGCCGUGGCUGCUGGAGCCCGAGGUGUUCGUACACUACGGAGUGAUUUGCCACAUUUGCGGCCAGCUGCCGAUUGUGGGGCCCCGCUUCAAGUGUCUGGACUGCUUGGCAGCAGCAGCAAACUUUGACUUGUGCGGCAAGUGCAGGGCCACUGCAGCAGCAAAGCCCCCGCGCUUCCACUCCCACCACGCGUCAGCCGCCCCUCCUGCUGCUCCUGCUGCUGCUGCGGCUGCUGCUGCUGCUGCGGCUGCUGCUGCUGUUCUCCCCGGGGCUGCUCUUGCUGCUGCCGCUGCUCUUGCAGCUGCUGCAGCUGCUGUGCUGCUGAUCUUGCUGCUGCUGCAGCUGGUCGCCGCCGCUACGAGUGCCGUUGCAGCUGUCGUUUCUGCUGCUGCUGCUGCUGCUGAAUCUGCUGCCCUGCGGCCGCGUUUAUGUGCUGCGCUGCUGCAGCGGCAGCCACCGGCUGCUGCUGGUGGAGCCCUCGCGGGCGGACUGGUGGGUGCAGAGCCUGAACAAGAUGAAGCGCAUGCACCCUGA